UCUCGCCAAAACCCUCGUUUCCGGCAGCGAGAGAAGCGAGAGAAGCGAGAAAGAUGGCCGGGAUCGGAGAAGAGGAGCUCCAUGCCGGAAUCCAAACCUCCAAGGAGAGCAAUGGUCCGCACUUCCUCGCCAAGUUCAUCCUCCGUGGUAGCGCCGUUCUCCAAGCCGUCUAUGGCCACCUCCGCUCCCCUUCCUCUCAUGAUGUCGUCUUUGGAAAGGAAACAUCCAUUGAGCUGGUUGUGAUUGGUGAAGAUGGAAUUGUACGGUCCAUUUGUGAGCAGCCUGUCUUUGGUAUAAUAAAAGAUCUAGCUAUCUUAUGCUGGAAUGAUGGUUUCCGUGAAGCUACUCUACAGACACAAGGGAAGGACCUUUUAGUAGUUCUUUCUGAUUCUGGGAAGCUCUCUUUUCUUACCUUCAGCCUAGAGAUGCACAGGUUCUUUGCGGUGACACAUAUUCAGCUAUCUAAACCAGGAAAUUUGAGGCAUCAACUGGGAAGAAUGUUAGCAGUUGAUUCUGACGGGUGUUAUAUUGCUGUUAGUGCUUAUGAAGAUCGAUUUGCACUGUUUCCCCUGUCAAUAUCUGCUGGCAGCCGUAUUGUUGAUGAGAAAAUUUUAUAUCCACCAGAAAAUGAAGUGGAGACCAGCUCUUUAAGGGAUGCUCAGAGGUCUAACAUCCGGGGCACAGUUUGGAGCAUGUGUUUCAUAUCAAAAGGCACAAGUCCUUUAUACAAGGAUGGAUACAACCCUAUUCUUGCAGUUAUAAUCCAUAGGAAAGGUGCCGUCCUGAAUGACUUGUUCUUAUUUGGACGGAAUCAAAGGAAGCAUUCUAUGCAUGUUAUAUCUAGGUUUUCAGAAGCUGGAGCUCUAGCACUUUGCAUCUCCAAAGUUCCUCAUCUUCCUGGCUUUGCUAUUCUUUUUAGGAUGGGUGACUUACUUCUAAUGGAUCUUAGAGAUCCACACAAUAUUUCUUGCAUUCAUAGAAUAAACUUUAGCUUUUCUAGUGCAUCUGAAGAGUUAAUUAGUGCUGAAGAAUCUUAUAGAGGUCUAGAUGUUGAUGAUGAAGGAAUGUCUAAUGUUGCAGCUUGCGCUUUAUUGAAAUUGAGAGAUUCUGGUGGUAAUAUGAUUAGAGGAGAUGAUCCCAUGAACAUUGAUAGUAGAAGCGGGAAAACAAUUCCAUCUGAAAAGCAUGUGUGCUCAUGGAGUUGGGAACCAUGUGAAUCAAUGACUUCUAGAUUAAUUUUUUGUUUGGAUUCUGGAGAAUUAUUCAUAAUUGAAAUUCAUUCUGAUGUUGAAGGAAUUAGAGUAAAUUCUUCAGAUUGUCAUUAUAGAGGUUUGCCUUGCAAGGCACUUUCGUGGGUCAAGGGAGGAUUGAUUGUAGGACUUGUUGAAAUGGGUGACGGGAUGGUUCUCAAGUUGGAAAAUGGUAGGGUAAUUUAUAAAAGUCCCAUUCAGAACAUAGCCCCAAUUUUGGACUUAUCAGUUGUUGACUGUCAUGAUGAGAAACAAGAAAUUUUUGCUUCUUGUGGGAUGAAUACUGAGGGAUCUGUAAGGGUUAUUCAAAGUGGUAUCAGUGUAGAAAAACUUGUGAGCACUGCUCCCAUUUAUCAUGGAAUUACUGGUACAUGGACAUUGAAGAUGAAAGAAAGUGAUUUAUAUCAUUCCUUUCUUGUCUUAUCUUUUGUUGAAGAAACUAGAGUCCUCUCUGUUGGCGUAAGUUUCCGAGAUGUCAGUGAUGCUACUGGUUUUCGGUCUGAUGCCUGUACCUUAGCCUGUGGUUUGGUUGCUGAUGGAGUGCUGGUGCAGAUCCACAGGACUGGGGUGAGAUUAUGUUUUCCUACUACAUUAGCUCAUCCUGAUGGCAUCCCUCUUUCAGAUCCAAUGUGUACUCUGUGGAAUCCUGGUAAUAUGGCCAUCAGUUUGGGGGCUGUCAGUAAUGAUGUGAUAGUUGUUGCUACUUCUAAUCCCUGCUACUUGCUUGUUCUUGGGAUCAAACAACAUUCAGAUUUCCAUUUUGAAAUACAAGAAGUCCAGCAUUUGACACUACAGCAUGAAGUAUCUUGCAUAUCUAUUCCUCGUUAUACUCUCAGUCAUGAAUAUACGCAUCCAGAGGUCAAUAUGUCUAAUACAAAUGACACUUGUUCCCACAACACAAUUGUGGUUGGCAAGGUUUUUGUCAUUGGAACUCACAAGCCUUCGGUGGAAGUUUACUCUUUUGUAUGUGAAGAGGGUUUCAAGCUGUUUGCCAUUGGAUUUAUUUCAAUAAAUAAUGCAAUAGGCGGGCCUACCAGUGGCUCCAUUCCCGAGAAUGUGAGGCUAGUGAUAGUUGAUAAAUCCUAUGUUCUGUCGGGAUUGAGAAAUGGGAUGCUUCUUCGCUUUGAGUGGCCCACUGUGUCUGCAGGACCCCAGAACCAACUUCAACAUGAAACUUCAUUGAAUAAAAGCUUGACAUCAUCAAGUGUUACGCCUUUGUAUUCUCCUGGUGGCGGGACUCAAAAUGCUGAAGAAUCUUUACCGAUUUUACUACAAUUAAUAGCUAUCCGUCGCAUUGGCAUAACUCCUGUAUUUCUGGUAGGCCUUGAUGAUUCACUUGAUGCAGAUGUAUUAGUUCUCAGUGAUAAGCCUUGGUUACUGCACACUGCAAGACACGGCCUUGCAUAUACAUCUAUUGCAUUCCAACCGGCCACUCAUGCAACCCCUGUUUGUUCUGUUGAUUGCCCAAAGGGUAUUUUCUUUGUAUCUGAGAACAGCUUACAUCUGGUGGAAAUGGUAUAUAAGAGACUUAAUGUGCAGAAGUUUCCGGUUGGAGGUACUCCUAGGAAGGUUUUAUUCCAUAGUGAUACCAAAACUUUGCUUAUACUGAGAACAGGACUGAAUGGUGCCUCUGGUUCAUCGGAUAUUUGUUGUAUGGAUCCUAUCAGUGGAUCAAUUCUUUCGACAUAUACAUUUGGAUUGGGGGAAAUAGCGAAAAGCAUGCAAAUGAUGAAAGUAGGAAAUGUGUCAGUUUUGAUCGUUGGAACUAGUCUUUCUGCUGGCCGGACUACUAUGCCAAGUGGAGAAGCUGAAAGCAAUGCAAAGGGCCGCCUUCUUGUCUUAAGCCUAGAUAUGGGACAAAGUUCUUCAGACAAUGCUUCAUUGGCUGUUUGUCCAAACUUCAGUUCGUCAUUUCAAGCAAUCUCAACACUUUCUGAAACAGUUGGGAAUGCAUCUGAGCGGCUAUCAAGCAAUAGUCUAUGUAGUAGUCCAGAUGAUCCAAACUCUGAUGGUGCUAAAAUGGAAGAAACAGAGCCAGGUCAAUUGCGCAUGGUUUUUCAACAGUCACUGUCUGGUGCUGUACUUCAUGUCUGCCCAUACCUUGGCAGAUAUGUCUUGGCAUCUGCUGGCAAUACUCUUAAUGUCUUUGGAUUUCAAAAUGACAACCCUCAUCGUGUCAGAAAGUAUGCUGUAUCAAAAACACGGUUCACCAUUAAUUGUUUGACCACACAUUUUACUAGAAUAGUCGUUGGUGAUUGCCGUGAUGGUAUCAUUUUCUACUCUUAUCAGGAGGAUCUUAGAAAACUGCAACCUUUGUAUUCUGACCCUGUACAAAGGUUAGUUGCUGCUUGUGUUCUCAUGGAUAUGGACACUGCUGUGGUUUCAGACCGUAUUGGAAGCCUUGCUGUUCUGUCAUGUGUACAUCAUGCACAGGGUAAUGGAAGCCCAGAAAAAAAUCUAAUGCAAAGUUGUUCAUUCUAUAUGGGAGAAACUGUAAUGAGUAUUCAAAAGGGUUUGUUUUUUCACAAGCUCCCUAUGGAUGAUUUACGUGGCAACUGUAAUACCGCUGAGAUGGUUUUUGAGUCAGCGUGCGACAGCAUAAUUGCAAGUACAUUACUGGGAAGCGUGUUGAUUCUCAUUCCUAUCACAAGCCAAGAACAUGAAUUGUUAGAGUACGUUCAAGCAAGACUUGCAGUUCAUCCACUCACUUCACCAAUACUAGGAAAUGACCACCAGGAAUUUCGUGGACGCAGAACCCGGGAAGGAGUACCUAUCAUUCUUGAUGGAGACAUGCUUGCGCAAUUCUUAGAACUAACCAACAUAGAGCAAGAAGCUGUGCUUGCAACAUCUUCUCAGCUGGGUACUCGAGCUUCAACAUCAAACUCUUCCGGCUCUAAUGUGACUGCCAACCAGAUUGUUCGCCUUCUUGAAAGAUAUCAUUAUGUUUUCCACGGACGUUUACUAUAAUGUUGGUCAUGCAAACAGGAAGAUGGGGAGUAUUCCCUAGAAAGAAGUCAGCCUUGCUUUACAUCACAUGAGGAGUCAUUGGGUAAAUAGCAUGGGCUUGUCAUCCAUUCCAAAUUCAUUUAGGCACCCACCCUUGACUAACAGAUGAUACAUAAAAUUCCAAUAGGAGAUGUCCCUGCUUGAUGAGGAAAUUACGCUGAGCCUACCAGUUAGCCAGCAAGUGGACCUUGUAAAACUUGUCCCAGACAUUUGUUAUGCAGAUCACUGAUCAAGCAACGACCCAAAUAGGUGCAUCUUUGAUGCAAAAGACUUGUUCAGUACUGAUGUACUUCUAGCCUAGACUUCACUGUGGAUGCCAAUUUUUCAUGCCACUUUUCAUGUCUAAAUGAUAGUAUUUUAUCAUUUGGAAGCACCUGGGAUUAAACAAUUGAACUGCUGUAUCUUUUCAGAAAGGUUUUUACCUGUUGUAAUUUUGUCUUGUAAUAAUAAUAGUGGUUGUCCACAAGACUAAUAGUUGCAUCAUGGCAAAAGAACACUUCUAGUGGUCUUA